AUGGGCCACAGUGAAGUCCACUUUCCCAAGCCAGCUCUCCUUUCAGGGAGCAGUGUGGAGAAUCGCGAGGCGGGGGACCGAGGACAAGGGGCGGCUCACAAUUCUCCUCGGUGCCCCUCUAACCCAAAAGGGAUUGAGGGUGUUGGGCGCGGGAGGGACGGGCAGACUUCUUGCAUUGAGAUGUUAAGUGGGUGUGUCUAUAUAAACCCGCGCUUGGUCCACUUCAUCUUUCUGGCUGCGGAGAGGAAAAGAAAAUCCCUUAAAAAACAGGCUGAAGACAGAAUGGUGGCAUCUACUGACUGUGUGGACAAGUCCGAUUCAAUCACUGCAAAUAAGGUAUCCAAACCACUGAUGGAGAAGAAACGAAGAGCUCGUAUUAACAAGUGUUUGGACCAGUUGAAAUGUCUUCUGGAGAGCCACUACAGCAGCACUAUUCGGAAGCGCAAACUGGAGAAGGCUGACAUAUUGGAGCUCACCGUGAGACAUUUGAAGCACCUUCAGAAAUCUCACACCUUACCAUCCACGCGUGGGGAGCUUUCCGAUUUCCAGAAAGGCUUUCACAGCUGCCUGGCCAACGUCAAACACUACUUGCUGAUGGCUGACACAGUGAGCGACCAACAGCGCCUCAAGAUGUCGCAGUUGCCCGGUAAACUGGACAUCUCCAGGACCACGGAUAGCGACACAGUCCUUGCAGAGACGCGUGGCUUGCCGAGGAGAGCCAAGAACGACAACGAGACCUCACAUAGGACCCACGGCGCGUCUCACUUUCGCCCGAGUGAAAACACGCGAAUGAGCAUGCAUAAAGGGGCCACACGGUGUGGGCUGGCCACCGCCCCCACAAUGGACGACCAGAGAAUACGAAUUACGCUCAAGAAAUGUCACCUCAAAAAUCCCAGUGAAGUUGGCAACACCCAACACAAUAUGUGGAGACCUUGGUAG